AUGUCGGUCGGCAGGAUUGGCGAAUAUCGUCUCGGCACGAAUGCGUCCUGGGAUGAAUACGUCGAACGGCUAGAGAUGUUCUGCGCUGCAAACAAGAUAACCACGGACGAGCAAAAACGAGCGGUUCUGCUGAGUUGUUGCGGCGAGGACACUUACGGGCUAGUCGUGACCUUGGUCAAGCCAGCAAGACCGAAGGGGGCGAGCUACGACGACAUCAAGGGGGCGGUGCGGAAGCACAUGCAUCCAAGGCCUUCGGAGCUGUACGCAAGAUUCUUAUUCUACCGAAGAAACCAAGCUCACGGUGAGGCGGCAUCGGAGUAUGUUACGGCACUCCGCAAGCUGGCUGAAGACUGCGGUUUCGGUGAUAAACAGCUUCCACUGGACGUCAUGAUGAGGGUCCGGUUCGUAUGCGGCAUCAAGAACGAAGCGGUUCAACAGCGGCUGCUCGCAGAACGUGACCUUACGUUCGAGGUGGCGUACGACAUGACGCUGACGGCGGAAGCAACGGAGAAGCAGCAGCGCGAUAUACGCAAGCAAGCUCAAGACGGAACCAAAGAAAGCGAGGGUCUGGUUUAA